AGUCUGUCCCCGUGUCUCCCGGUGCCUCUCUUCCCCCUUCCCCCCCGUGUCGCUUCCUCACCGCCGCCGCCUCCUCCUCCCGCUGUCUCCCCCGCGACGAUGGCGGGCGGCACGCAAGGCCGAGGGAACGCGCUGCCGCUGUGGGGGAACGAGAAGACGAUGAACAUGAACCCGCUCAUCCUCACCAACAUCCAGGCGUCACCCUACUUCAAGGUGGAGCUCUACGAGCUGAAGACCUACCACGAGGUGGUGGACGAGAUCUACUACAAGGUGUCUCACCUGGAGCCGUGGGAGAAAGGAAGCCGCAAGACGGCGGGCCAGACGGGCAUGUGCGGCGGGGUGCGAGGAGUGGGCACGGGUGGCAUCGUGUCGACGGCGUUCUGCCUCCUCUACAAGCUGUUCACGCUGAAGCUCACGCGCAAGCAGCUCAACGGACUCAUCACGCACUCGGACUCGCCAUACAUCCGCGGCCUGGGAUUCAUGUACAUCCGAUACACUCAGCCCCCGGCUGACCUGUGGGAGUGGUUCGAGGCGUUCUUAGACGAUGAGGAGGAGCUGGACGUCAAGGCGGGCGGCGGCUGCGUGAUGGCCGUGGGGGAGAUGCUGCGCUCCUUCCUCACCAAGCUGGAGUGGUUCUCCACGCUCUUUCCGCGCAUCCCGGUGCCCAUCCAGAAGGACAUGGACGCCCGCCUCAAGCUGCGGCCUCGCUCUCUACCGGCGUCGGCGGCCGCGGCCGGGCCGCCCGCGGCAGGCGCCGCCCGGGGGCGGCGCCGCCGCCGCUCCCCCGGCCGUUUCGUCAGCGGGCGGCGGAGUCCCCGGCGCUCUCCCCGGGACUUUGACCGCGAGCUGGAGCGCGAGCGAGAGAGGCAGCAGCGCGACCGGGAGCUGGAGCACGACCGCAACGGCGGGGACGGCAAACACCGGCACGGCGAGCGGGACCGGCACGGCGAGCGGGACAGGGAGAAGGACAGGGAGAAGGAGAGAGAGAAAGAGAGGGACAGGGACAAGGAGAGGGACAAGGAGAGGGAGAAGCAGAGGGAGCGAGACCGCGACGAGAGGGAGCGAGACAAGGAGAGGCGAGAGAGGUCGUCGUGGCGCCAGCGGUCGGCGAGCCCCGAGCGCCGGCCCCGCGAAGACGGCAGAACCCGGGGGGGCGAGCGGAGCGGCCGGGGGGAGAAGGGCAAGAGGGGGGACGGCGGCGGCGGCGGCGGGGAGCGGCACGGACGGUCGGACGAAGGAGACCGGAGGCACCGGGAGGAGCGGCGAGACCGGGACCACGGCAAGCGGUCGCGCGGGGCCAGCCCGGAGAGCAGGGGGGGCGGCGGCGCUGGGGAGCGUAGACGCGGGAGCCGGGAGCAGGGCGGCGGUGGUCGCCGCAGCCGGAGCGGAGAUAACGGGAAGGAGAGCCGCAGCCGGAGCGUGGCCUCCGAUAACUAGCGGCGAUGGUGGUCAGCUCCCUUCCCCGCCCCUGUGCUCCCCGUGUCUCCUCCCCCCUUCUCCCUUCCCCCCCCCCUCCCUCCAUCCCCUGCUGUGGCCUGCGUCCCCAUUUUGUGCGACGCCGCAUGACAGAGAGGGGAGAGGGAGGGAGACGUCCCCUCUGUGCUUAAAGGAAGUGUGGAGGACUGAAUUGUUUUUUGUUGGUUCUGGGGGGGAUGCGAGCCCCCCACUUUCCUGCCCCCCCCCCCAGGCUCCCCGUGUUUGUGUGGAGCAGGCGCCGUGAGGCCAACUCCCCCUUUUGUACAGUGACAACAACAAUUAAACGUUUACAAGCCA